GUUCAUAUUCACAUUCCACACUCACUCGCUCGCUCACGACCAAACACAAUUGCUGAGCCAGUCACUCACUAAGGCCUAGCUGUCCGAGAUUUUUGUGUGGAGUCGUCGGUCUGUGAGCAUACGUCAGGUCGAAUUAGUGUAUUCACACUACACAAAAGAGAAGAAGUGGACUUGGGAGAGAUGAUACCAGAGAAGCCCCUCCCGUGCUCCGACGAGUUCGCCUCGCCGGAUGCCUAUGUCGCGGCGCUCCUCGAGUUUGCGACCACGACGGACAUAUUCCAGAUUCUCUGUGGCGGCGUUCACGUUCUCGACUUCUUCACAAAUGAAUCAGGCCUCUUCGCCCAGAUCCUCCCGCAGGAGUGGCAGCCCUUCUUGCUGUCAUAUGACACUGGCGCCCUCCUAGACAUGCUCAUGCGGGACGAUCUCGACGCCCUCCGGCUGGACUCCAUGGAUCAUGCGCCGCCACCAAGCUUCUUGGAGUACAUCCGCAGCGUGCGCCGUCUCUCCCUGCGCAGGACCUUCUCGCCCUCGUCCCAGGCCGAGGCGAGGCCGCCGCCGAAGCUCUCGCGCUCCGUCGCCGUCGGCAUGAAACCCAAGAAGGUGCAUGAGGUCUCCCACUUCGCUCGCUACGUCGACUCCCUCGCGGGCGCUAUCUCGUCCCGCUGGGGAAAGGAGACGACGCACUUUGUCGACUUUGGCAGCGGCCAGAACUACCUCGGCCGCACCCUGGCGCUGCCGCCGUACAACCGCCACGUCGUCGCCGUCGAGGGCCGCGAGCACAACAUCGACGGCGCAAAGGGUCUUGACGUCCUCUCCGGCCUGGCGAGCAAAGAGGUCGUCAUGCGCAACAAGAAGCUCUGGCUGCAGAUGCAGGCCGACAGGCUCGGCACGGAGGCCGUCAGGAACGUGCCCAGCAAGCCCUCGACCGACGCCGUCGAAGACUUUGACUUCCGCCCCAUCAAGGAGCUCGAGCCGCAGUACAACCGCGCGCUGGGCAAGGGAUCCGUGUCGUACGUCGUUGGCCGGCUGGAGAGCGGCGACCUGACGGAGGUCAUCGGGCGCAUCGAAAAGGAGGUGCUCCCGGAGGAGGAGGACAAGGAGCUCAAGAUGAUGGCCGUGUCGAUCCACUCGUGCGGCAACCUCUCGCACUACGGCAUCCGCUCGCUCGUCAUGAACCCGGCCAUUCACUCGGUUGCCAUCGUCGGCUGCUGCUACAAUCUCCUGACGGAGAAGCUCGGCCCUCCGACGUACAAGUACACCUAUGCGCGGCCCAGCCUACAGGCCCUCAACGGCCGCGUGGUCCGCGAGUCCGCGCGACACGACCCGGAGGGCUUCCCCCUCAGCGAGACUCUGUCCACGUACAAGGGCGAGGGCGUGCGCAUGAACAUCACGGCGCGCAUGAUGGCCUGCCAGGCGCCGCAGAACUGGACGCAGACCGAGAGCGACGACUUCUUCACACGGCAUCUGUUCCGCGCGGUCCUGCAAAAAAUCUUCCUCGACCGCGGCGUCAUCAACAAGGUCUACCACCGCGGCGCGGAUGACAACGAAGCCGCCAGCGACGAGAACGGCGACGCACGCCCUGAUGAGUCCCCCUUCAACACCAGCACGAACCCAGUCAUCAUCGGCUCGCUGCGCAAGGCGUGCUACAGGUCCCUCAAGGACUACGUCCGCGGCGCUGUGGCCAAGCUGACGACGAACCGCGAGUACAGCCAGUACAGCGACGUCAUCCGUGACAAGAUGGCGGGCAUCUCGGACGAGGACAUUGCCGCGUACGAGCGGGAUUACUUGUGCCGCAAGAAGGAGGUGGCGGCAGUGUGGAGCCUGAUGGCCUUCAGCGCGACCGUGGUCGAGUCACUCAUCGUCACGGACCGCUGGCUGUUCCUGCGGGAGCACACCGACGUCGUCCGGGACUGCUGGGUCGAAACCGUCUUCGACUACAAGGAGAGCCCGAGGAAUAUGGUGGUCGUGGGAAUCAAGAAAUAGAGAACCCGCGGAGACGCGGCACGUCUCUUUCCGACUUGGCGUGUCCGUCCCCUCUUCCUACCUUGACUCGAGUCUCCCACGUCGCAAGACCCUCCACCGUAAUCAAGUGUCUUUACCAUUUUGAUUGAUAGUCUACAUUUCCAGCGGCAAACUCGCGAGCCAACAUAGCGGUAGGAAGCUUGAACAGGGCAUACACCACAGACGCUAGCAGACAACCGCGUCCUAUACGCACUGGGCAUGCAGUCGCAUGAGUAGCAGUCGUCAAAACCGGGCAGCCCGUCCGUCGGUCCAGGACAACAGCGUGUACGUGUAUAUACACACGACCCGUCGCUGCUAGAAGCCCGCAACGACGUCGUCGGUUAUUGCAGCAAGCAGGUAACCCGCGGGGUUUUAUUUGCCGCACGACCUCGAGCCUUGAUGUCACGCAUGAGAUUGACAUCAGUCAGUGUGGAUGGUUGUAGCUGAUGAAGAGCCUACCCGUGGCUCUCCCACCCACGUACGUUCAAUACAGGAGGCACGAAGGCAAGACGGGCACGCAACGAUGAGGCACACCACAACACACCAUGGCUCAACCCCUCACAUCAUUGCCAUAGAGGGAUUCCCGGCGGCGGGGCAGCGGUGCCGAAACCCUGAACGGUUCAACGGGGACAACCUCGGCCGUUCACAGCAACUUCGUAUAACCUCAAGUUCAAGACUCAAAUUUUUUCUCUCUUUCUCCCUCCCCUAGCCCUA